AUGGAGUGGGCUCAUCGUAUCGCUGCUGCCGUCAUUAUUUUCUGGGUGCUACAAGAUGUACCCUUCUUCAUCUUUGUCGACAUCCGUUCAAAUGUCUGCGGUAUCUACAAUUCGUUUUGGCACGCUUACUACACUUACGUUUGCUUUUGGUUUUUAUACAUGGCAAUUCCGAUCACCAUAAUGAUGAUAUUUGGUAUACUUGCAUAUCGAAAUUUACGUGGCUUGACUAGUAUGCAGUUGCAAGGUGCUGACCAACAACUUACCUUAAUCAUCUGCGGACAAAUUUCUAUGAUUAUUAUUACUGUUUUACCAACAUGUAUUCAAAACGCUUACGCACAAAUAACAGUCACUGCGAACAAAAGUGCUGAACAGAAGAGUUUAGAGUUUUUCAUUGCAAAUAUCAUUAGCUUUUUAGCGGCUAUCGGACUUGGAAAAAAAGAUAGUUUUAGUCUAACUGAUCUUUUUGGAUAUGGAAAUGGUUCAUUUCCUGAUAAAAUAAUAUAUCCAGUUGGUACUCUUCCACUUUCUGUCGCUAAUACUGGUGAUAAUUUCUUGGUAAAGAUGGAAAUUGCGAUUCUACUGGUUUUAUCUGCGAUGUUGGUGCAAAUGGGAUCGUUGGCAACGGAUGUUUCGUUUGAAAAUUGUGAAAAUGCAUUUUUCGAUAUGAGUGCGAGAGCGAAAGAAACUGGUUGCUUGGAAGUUGGAGAACAGGGAACGAGAUUUUGUUUUCUUGGGCAACAAGUAGCGAAGAGAUCUGCUCGUUCUCUCUGUUUGAACCGAAAAAAACGAAGCGAUGAAAGUGAAAACACCGACUGUCAUCACUCAGAAAGUCCAGAUGGAACAUUAUGCGUCACUCCAGAUUUCAUCUAUCAACUCGGUGAAGCUUCGGCUGAGAAUUGCACAAAGGUUAACAAUAACAAACAAAAAUGUGUUGGACAUUCAGCAGUUAUCACUUGCAAUCAUGAUCAAUGGACAAUCACACAAGUUUGUAAAAAAGGAACAAAAUGUCAACAACGACCAAAGUCAAAUCCGGAUGCCUUCUGUGCGCCGAAAAAUUAG